UUUGCUUAGAAACCCGAUAGUUGUUUUCACAUUAGUGUUAUUAUUUUAUUACAAUUUCUCAAAUGCUUGCUAACUGUGAAGAUAACUAGUGUGGAAUAUGAAUAGGUGACAGUGUGAAAGUUCUCAGUUUUCUGCAUAAAAAUCCGGCUUGUCAACAUGGACGAUCUUGUAAUUGGGAUCGAUUUGGGUACAACGAAUUCAUGCAUCUACGUUUUUAUGAACAACAAGUUAAAAAUUCUAGAAUAUAAAUCAGGAGGACGAAUUAUACCAUCUUUCAUCUAUUUUCCCCCGAAUGGCGGCGUUGUCAUCGGAGAACAUGCAAAGAAAAUGGCAGUGCAGGAACCCAAAAAUGGGAUUUAUGAAAUGAAACGCUUAGUAGGAAGAAAAUUCGAUGACGUUCAACUUCAGAAAAGUUUGGGUUAUUUUCCUUUCACCGUUUCAGCAGACUGUUCCAAUAACCCUAUGGUUUCUUUCGAACAGAAGAAUGUUACUGUGAAAAAGACGCCCCAAGAACUGUACACAGUCCUACUUAAGGAACUGAAAAAAUAUGCGGAAGCAAAACUAAGUGAAACUAUCAAUAAGGUUGUCAUUACCGUACCAGCGUACUUUAAUGUCACACAAAGAGAAGUAACUUUGGCGGCGGCUCAAGACGCCGGGUUCACUGUGCUGAAGCUUUUAAAUGAACCAACAGCUGCUGCUUUAGCAUAUUAUUACGAUCAAGAUAUUGAGGAAACACAUCGUUCUUUAGUUUACGAUUUUGGUGGUGGGACUUUUGAUGUUGCUAUACUUGAAAAGCUCUUCGACAACGUCGAAGUGAUUUCGGUAGCUGGAGACACUCGACUGGGGGGACAUGAUUUGGAUAACUGCAUUUUAGAUUACGUUUAUCAGCACCUGAGGGACAAAUACGAUUACGACCCACAGUGGGAUUCGGACGAUAAAAGAAGGCUGAGUCUUAAAUGCGAAGAAGCAAAAAAAGCACUGUCAGAUGCUGACGAGUCUAUUAUAACUAUCAACGGAAUGGUUCCUCAACAUCCUAAAAUAAUGAUCUCCAUAACCAGAAAGCAGUUUGAAGACAUGGCCGAUAAUUUGUUCAAGAAAACUAUUGACAUACUCCACAAUUGCUUGAAGGAUUCUAAACUUUCUAAAAAAUCAAUUCAAGAAGUUAUUCUGUGUGGAGGCUCAACACGCAUUCCUAAAAUCCAAGAGAUGAUUUCUAAAUAUUUUGAUGGAAAACAGUUGAACAAAUUCGGAAAUCCCGACGAAUACGUCGCUGAGGGGGCUGCGUUACAAGCAGCCAUGUUAUCAACUAGCAGAAAACAAAACAUUGAAAAACUGAAACUGACCGACGUUGUGCCUCUUUCUAUUGGUUCAGACAGUUUGGGUAAUAAAAUGAUUUUUCUUAUUAAAAGAGGUUCAAGAUUGCCUGUAAGCGAAUCGUAUACUUACUUUACUGUAGUGAAUAAUCAGAGUGAGAUGAGGUUUGAUGUAUACGAAGGAGAGCGUUCAGAUGCCCGAAAAAAUCGGCAAUUGGGCACAUUUUUGUUAAAUAACUUAGCUCCCGCACCACCUGGACAACGAGAAGUUAUUUUUACGUUGACUGUUGAUGUGAAUGGAAUUUUAACCGCAAAAGCUGAAGAAAAAUUCUCCAAUAAUAUCAAAGAAUUGAAAAUUGAGUACAUCAGAAGUAGUAAAAGUGACAGCGAAGUUGAAAAUACUCUGCUAGCUGCUGCUGAAAACAAAUUAAAUGAUGAAAGAUUCACUAAAUUCGCCAUGUCUAAAAGCUAUUUGAUAAACUAUUGUGUACGUGUUCUCUACAAUUUAGAGGAACAGAAACUAACUGAUGAGUACAAAGAAAUUUAUGAUUUUUGUAGCAGCACACGAACGUCCGCAGAUUUGUUGGAAAUGAAUGACGAAAAUAAAGUAAAAGACUUAAUUCAAGAAUGUAAGCGACGCUGUGCAACAAUAGUGGCAACACACAAGUUUCAGUUCAUGCCUGUGGAAAAAUAAAAUAACUACAUGAAUUAGUUUUUAAAAUGCGAUGUUGGUUUAAGUAAAAAAUAACUUUUUAUCAUUAGUCAAUAUUGUAAAAAUAAAUGUACGUUUAAAUUCA